AUGACUCCAGGAACCGUACAAAACGACUCCGCCGCAGUUUCUUCUUCUCAGUCACUGACUGACGAGACAACCGCCAAGCAACAACAAAUGACAACCACCGCAGAAACCCUAACAUCACCACCGUCAUCCAGUGAUGACUCACAUCACGAUCUUCCAUUAUCCACUCUCCCAUUUGAUCUCGUUCAAGAAAUUCUAUGCAGGCUUCCUGUUAAAUCUCUCAUGCAAUUCCAAUGCGUAUGUAAAUCCUGGAAAUUGUUAAUCUCCGGCGAUCACAAGUUCGCGAAGAAGCAUCUUCACAUGUCAAUCACUCAGAGCCGCCACCACCUCAUGGUAAACAAAUGGAAGGAUGCACUGAUUUCGUCUAUUUUCGACGCAGUGUCGGAGGCUAAGAUCACACAAACUAAGCUUAGGUCUCCUCCCUUUCUGAAUAAAGGAUAUUAUUUUGUAUCGGUUGCUUCUUGUCACGGCAUUGUCUGCUUUCAAAUUCCUUAUUAUGUUGUUUUUUGGAAUCCUUCUAUUGGAAAAUACAAGACAUCACCAUUUUUAAGGCUUGCACAACAUUAUGGCCUUGGUUAUGAUCAUGUAAACGAUAAUUAUAAGUUGGUUGCUGUUUAUAACUAUGAUGAUCAAGGUGAUAGUAGUGAUGAUGAUAAUGGUAAUGGUAAUGGUAAUGGUAAUGGUGGUGAUGAUGAUGACGAUGAUGACGAUGAUGACGAUGAUGAUGUGUUCGAGGUUUCUAAGAAAACUGAAGUGAUGGUUCAUACUUUGGGGACAAAUUGUUGGAGAAAGAUUCGAAAGUUUCCUUGUGGUGUUCCUGUUGGUAAAUCGGCAGGGACAUUCGUUGGUGGCGCUAUUAAUUGGGUGACGUCUAAAGAUGGGAAUGAAUUUUAUGCUUCUUCGUAUUUUAUAGUUUCUCUGAAUAUGGCGAAUGAGUCCUAUCAAGAAAUUUUGCAGCCUGAUUAUGGAGAGCUAUUUGUGGUUGGCUUGACGUUAGGUGUGUUAAGGGAUUGCUUAUGCAUAUUUUCUCAUGGUGAGUCGUUUGUUGAUAUUUGGCUUAUGAAUGAGUACGGAGACAAAAAUUCUUGGAAUAAAUUGUUCACUAUUCCUUUCAUUAAAGAUAUUGGUUUGUAUCCUUCUAACAAGGCAAUAUAUAUUUACGAGGAUGAACGAGUGCUGCUGGUGUCUAGUGAUGAUGAACAUAGAUCGAAUCCAAAGUUGGUUGUUUACGAUUCUAAAAGUGAUACUUUUAAAUUUCCUGAGAUUGCAAUCAGGAGGGUUCCGACGAUCUAUGUUGAGAGUUUGAUAACAACUUGUUUAUGA